AUGGAAUUCAAAGUCGUUAAGCGUGUGUUGAUCGCCAACAGAGGCGAAAUUGCGGUUCGGAUCAUCAAUGCUUGCAAGAAGUACAAUUUAACGUCCAUUUCAAUCUACCCAAAGGAGGACAUUGAAUCUCUCCACGUCUCACAGGCAGACACGGCGGUCCAACUGGAAGGUACCGGCGCAAGCGCUUACAUCGAUAUCGACCAGAUUGUCAAGAUUGCAAUUGACGAGAAAGCGGAUGUUGUCAUUCCAGGCUAUGGAUUCUUGAGUGAAAACUCGACCUUUGCAAACAAGCUCGUUGCCAAUGGUAUUGCGUUUGCAGGGCCAUCCCCGGAGUCAGUUGAGAACUUUGGUUUGAAACACCUGGCAAGACAGAUGGCCAUUGAUUGUGGCGUACCGGUUGUUCCAGGAUCAGAUUUAAUUCGUGAUGAGACCACGUUGGUCGACACCUGCGAGUCCAUUGGAUACCCCGUGAUUUUGAAGGCUACAGCAGGUGGUGGUGGUAUGGGAUUGAAGGUGUGCCACUCGUCGGGGGAAGUUGCAAAGAGCUUUGCGGAAGUCAAGUCGAGAGGUGCAACGCUAUUUUCCAACACGGGUGUAUUCGUUGAGAAAUACAUCAGGAAUGGCCGUCACAUUGAAGUGCAAGUUUUUGGUAAUGGUCUCGGAGAGGUUGCCUCGUAUGGUGAAAGAGAGUGUUCGAUCCAACGGCGCCACCAGAAGGUCAUCGAGGAGACUCCGAGUCCCUUUGUUGAAAGCCUCGGCAAGCAAUACGGGUUGAGGAAGAGCUUGACUGCCUGUGCACGGAAACUUGCGUCCUCGGUCAACUACAAGUCUGCUGGUACGGUUGAGUUUCUAGUCGACGAUGACACCGGAGAGUUUUACUUUUUGGAAAUGAAUACCAGAUUGCAAGUUGAGCACGGCAUAACCGAGCUUGUGUAUGGUGUUGAUUUGGUUUACUUUAUGUUGUUGCAAUGUGAACAUGAGCUGGCAGGCACUGUUUUGGAUAUCGGCGUUUUAACCGAGAACUUGCAAUACAACCAUGAAGGCGUGGAGAUACCAAACGGCCAUGCAAUUGAGGUUAGGGUCUAUGCAGAGAAUCCACUCAGAGACUUUACUCCAUGUCCUGGCAGACUCCAUUUGGUUGAGUUCCCAGACGUCAGUUUCACCGACCACCAGCUAAGAAUUGACCAUUGGAUUGAGACUGGUGGUUGUGUCUCGCCUUACUUUGACCCACUAUUAGCCAAGGUUAUGGUCUGGUCCCAAACAAGAACGUCGGACAACAUCGUCCGUGUGUUGAAGGACACUAAAAUCAUGGGUCCAGUGAACAACAUCCAGUACUGUAUUGCGAUUCUGGAAAGUGAGGAGUUCAGGAAGGGAGAGACUCUAACCAGCUUCUUGGACACGUUUGACUUCCAUCCAAAGAUGCUUGAAUUUGAAGCAGGUGGUAAUUACACUACGAUCCAAGACCUGCCUGGCCGGCCUGAAGUUAGACACGGUGUUCCUCGUGCCGGCCCUGUGGACGACCUAUCCUUGCAGCUGGCUAAUAUCAUUGUCCACAAUGACAGAAACACCGAGGGAUUGGAAAUCACAGCCAAGGGCCCUACAAUCAAGUUCCAUUCAUCUGCAAUCAUUGCUUUUGCAGGCGCAAACUUUCCGAUUGUUCUGAACAACGACAAGACCUUACCCAUGUUUGCGGAGCUACACAUUCCAGAGGGCUCGGUGGUUGAGGUGGGUAGUGCAGUUGGCCACUCGUCCAAGUGCUACAUGGCCAUUCGGGGUGGAUUCCCGGGCGUUUCGAAGUAUCUAGGCUCGAAGAGUUGCACACCUGCGCUCAAACUGGGUGGACAUCAAGGGAGAACAUUUGUUGCUGGUGACUGUUUAGACAUUGCCGAGGUUGAGAGAGUCGAUGAGUUCAAGACAGGCUACGCAUUACCGCAGUCCUUCAUUCCAAAUUACGAGGACAGUGAGGUGAUUGUUCGAGUGAUCAGUGGACCCCACGACACACCGGACAUUGCGUCAGAAGAGGGCUUGCAGACGUUGUACAGCCAUCCGUAUAGUGUGAACUUCAACUCUAAUCGUGGUGCAAUUAGACUCGAUGGUCCGGCUUUCAAAUUCGAGAGAACCAGUGGGGGUGACGGUGGAGGACAUCCGAGCAAUAUACUCGAGUAUCCAUAUCCAUGUUGUGGUUUGAGCACAGUUGGUAAUAUCAUGGUAUUGUUUGGUGUGGAUGGCGCAACACUCUCAGGCUUUACGUGCGUUGCUGUUCCUGCGAGUGUGGAUUUUAGGAAGUUCGGGCAAGCUGCAAUCAACGGCACGAUUCGGUUCAAGCGGGUGUCAUACAACGACGCGGUGCAGUUGAUGAAGCAGAGAAACGAGUUUCUCGAGCUGGCGGAAACACGUCCAGUUGCCAGUACAGCAGAAAACAUGUAUUUGAAGUACGAUUCGUUGGAGCAAUAUGAGAGUGUUGAGUGUGUAUUUGGUAAGACGUUAUAUCAGAGAGAGGAGGGUGAGAACAUGCCGAUGGUUUCAUUCAGACAGGGCGGUGAGAGCAUGAUUGUCAUUGAUUUUGGCACGACGGAGUUUUCUUUGUUUAACAACGGACGCCAGCACAUUCUCGCCAAGGAGAUCGAAAGACAGCUGCAAGGCGAGUUUAACUCGAUUGAGUGUACUUCAGGUGCCAUGGCAGUUACGUUUGAUCCAUUGCUGGUUGCACGGGAUGGCUUGCUAUCCAAGUUGGUCUUCCUCGAGAAGAACAUCCCCAAGAUCGAGACGUUGACGGUUCCAUCACGUAAGUUCACAUUGCCGGUUUGUUUUGAGCACAGUGCGUUGGAUAGCUGCAUCAAGAGAUACAUGCAUUCGCAAAGACCGCACGCUCCUUAUUUGCCUAGCAAUGUUGAGUAUUUGAUGAGGGCCAACUGUAUUGAGACCUUUGAGGAGUUCAAGAAAUGUAUUAUUGGCAAGGCGGAGGUUGUUACUGCGGUAUCGUUUCUGUGUGCAGACCCGUUGCUGGUUAGCGUUGAUCCCCGAGCAAGAUUCCUAACAUCGAAAUACAACCCGGCACGUACUUCAACGCCCGCUGGUGCCAUUGGAUCCGGCAGUGUGUCUCAGUCCGUCUACCCAGUGGACUCUCCCGGAGGGUACAUGAUCUGGGGGAUGACGUUGCCAAGUUGGUACUGGGAUACGUUUGGUAGGCUUCACGGCAAGCCAUGGCCGUUGGAGGUGUUUGACCAAGUGGUGUAUUACGAAGUGUCAGAGGCAGAGCUGGAAGAGCUCAAUACUAAGGUUCUCACGAAGCAGUUGAAGUUUGAGCCCGAGGACACUGUGUUUGAUUUUGGCCAGUAUUCCGGGUUUCUGGAGUCCAUUUCUAGGGAACUGGAGGAACUACAGCGGAAGAGGAAGGCGGCGUUUGAAGUUUUGGUCGAGGAGGAGAUGACGGAUCAACUGCUGUGGGAGAGAGAAAAAGAGGAGGCUAGACUGUCGAAGACCGACGUUGGGGACUUGUUAUCCGAUCCAAACACUAUCCAGGUGUGUGCUACAAUUCCUGCCAAUGUCUUCAAACUGAACUUCAAAAAAGACGAUGUGCUUACUGCAGGAAACAUCCUUGCGGUGCUAGAAGCAAUGAAGAUGGAGAUCCCACUGAAGAUCAGCGACAAGGUAGCCGAACGGGACAACAAAUAUAGGAUUGUGGAGAAUGUGGUUGAAGAGGGAGAUAUCGUGGGUCCUGGAGAUGCUGUGGCCAUUGUGGUUAAGGUCUAA